CUGGCGGUCACGUGGCGGGGAGAGGCCGGAAAUCCCCAUUCCACGCCAGUAUCUCGAAAUUCAGGAUGGUGGUGACGAUUUUCAUCACUUCGGUGACCGGGUCCCGGGAGACAAAGUCCAAGCAAUGUGAGUCUAUGCGGAUCAUGGACAGUAAGGGCAUUAAGUAUGAGACGGUUGACAUAUCUGUGGACAACAAUUUACGAGAACAAAUGAGGGAAAAGGCUGGGGACCCAAAAGCACUUCCACCCCAGAUCUUCAAUGGAGACGACUACUGUGGGGGCUAUGAAGAGCUUGCUGCUGCUGCAGAAGAUGGAAUUGUGAACAAGUUUCUGAAGCUUGAGGAUUAAUCCACACGUCUCAGAACGCUGUCCCAAGCUUUGACACAAUGCUCUUGUUCUUCCUUAAAACCACAGACUAUUGCCCCCUUUUUGUUUUGGCCAGGUUUACUAGAAAAAUCUGUGAGGAUUUUUUUUUGCCUUGCAUCAUUCCAUAAUCUAUCAUUAUUUACCAUAAUCACAUUCCUGAAGAUUAAACAUUUUCUUUCUUUCGUUCAUUCCUGGGAUACUGGAAGCAAGGAGACCCCUUAUUACUGUGCAAUGUUACAUUAUUUCCCUGCUGGUAACUAAGUGUUUUCUAUAUGCAUUGCUUUCAUUAAUGUGAAUUCUUUCCAUGUGUCUUCUGCCAAAGAGGAAGUGUGAACGUCUUCCAGCCGAUCAAUAAAUUAGCUGUUCACAUGA